GCUUCAGGUAAGGGUUGUUGACCUUGCAUUCGACAAAAGCGUCCACUUUUCAUCGUACCGUAAGUAUGAGAUGAUACCAUUCAUCCCGGAAGGAUGCAAGAUAAACCUUUCCACCUACUACAAGGCUUAUGAAUAAUUAAUAUUUCCAAUAAAUGACGUAAAAAGCAGGAAUGAUUCAUAAAAGUUAUGAAUCGACCCCUGACGAACUCAGCUGAUUGCACUGGUAUCCGCUUCACUUACAACGUGUUAACAGUAGGAAUGAGCCGCAUACCAAUGAGGAAUCGUCCACCAGCGCAAAAUUAUUCUUUGUGUCAAGAUGGCGACCGGCUGUUGUGGAGUGAAACGGCAAAAAGUCUCCGCACCUUCCGAUCGAAACGAUCGGUCGGACCGCUGCGAAAAGGGCGACCGAUGUUCCCAUUCGGGCCAUGAUCUCCGGCCUGGCACCAGCUCGGGUUGUGGCGACCCACAGCGGGCCCUUCAGCCGAAAAUGAACGGUUAUCACCACCACGACCGCGGCGGCUCUUACGGCGGGCACGGCCAUAGCGGUCCCCACAACAAUUCCAACCACCGAGUAGUGUGUGCCGAGAUGUGUUUUUUCUGUUUCGAUGUUUUGUAUCGCCACUUUCACAUGUUGAAUGGCGAGCCGCCGAGAGUGCCCACAUUUACCGAUGCUCCAUAUCCCUUAUUCGUGACGUGGAAGAUCGGCAAGGACAAACGACUGCGCGGCUGUAUAGGAACCUUCACUGCCUUGAAUCUACACGAUGGCCUCAGGGAAUAUGCAAUCUCUAGUGCAUUUAAGGAUAGUCGUUUCCCGCCUGUCAAUAAGGAUGAGAUCUCCCGUAUGUCCUGCUCCGUCUCCUUGCUACGUCACUUUGAGGAGGCCCGAGACUACGAAGAUUGGGAGGUGGGCGUCCAUGGUAUUCGCAUAGAAUUUUACAAUGAAAAGGGAGUGAAGAAGACGGCUACUUACCUUCCAGAGGUAGCCCUGGAGCAGAAUUGGAACAAGGAGCAGACGAUAGACUCGCUCCUGCGCAAGGGGGGCUACAAGGUCCCCAUCACCAACGACUUCCGCAAGACGAUACGGGUGACCCGCUACCAGAGCGAGAAGAUCUCGGUCAACUUCAGCGAUUACGCCGAGCACUUUCGGCAGAACGGGCGGGUUUAAUGAAUGGCAGCCACAAGCGCAAACUCACUGGGGGAGGAGGGGCCUGAAGCACGUCUGGACGGCGAUCGUAAUCCUCGUCGUCGUCUUUGCUAUUUAUUUUUUCAACUGAUCCUUUUGUUCUUUUUUUGUUUGUUUGUUUUAUUUCCCGUAAUUCAAGCACAUCUGUUUUUAAACCUGUGUUGCCCUGAAGGCCGGUUCAUACAUGGCACGAGCGCAAACACAGCUGUGACAUUGUGACGUCUGAUCAACAUUUGUGCUGCGUAUUCUGAAAAGUUGAACAUGUUUCAACCCGUGCAUUUUAGCUGCGUAUAUUUUGGAACUGCAAAUUUGGUUUGCUCUCCCAUUCACUUGAAUAAUGAAUCGGCCUCAUGUGCGUCAGCUCGAAUGCAAGUUCGAAUUUAUGACGUGGCCAGCAGCCGUGCUACAAAUUGGCAAAGUUGAACUCUCACCAAAUUUGCCGCACCUAUUUAUUGACGUCAAAAUUAUUCCUGCAUUCGUGCGAAGCAUGAACUGGCCUUGAAUGGGUUAUGCCCAUGUGUUCUUAGAAGUGUGUGCACAUUUCAAAAUGCAGAGAAUGUGCUAGCGUAACAAGGGAACAACACAGUGAAAAAAAAAAGUUCACCCCAUUCAAAUUUGGCACACUUUUGGUGUGAAGUUUGAACCGCGAGGUAUAUCUUUACCAGUGUGCUACCACGUUGUGUAAGUGAACAUGUUCAAGCUGUUUGAUGCACUUAUUUUGCUGAUGACAGUGCUGUUUUGAAGCCAAAAGUGACAAAUAGCUACGUCUUUUCAAGAUUUAGUUGCUUCGUUCCACAAUUCACAACAGCUCACUCUUUCGUUUUCUAUUUGUGACCCGCUCCAGGAAAAGGUGAUAUAAGUCGCACCAUGCAUUUACAAGCAAUGAUCGGCUCAACGUUGGAUUAAAAAAUUCCUUUUUUUUCCGACAAAAUCAUUGAAAAUACUAAUUUCUUAGUCCAUGUGCGAAUUUUGAAGGUGGUUGUAACAGAAGAACAUGUUGGUGGCAAAGUAAGAUUUAAAUGCCUACAACCCACAUCAGAGCCAGAUAUUUCAAAGCCUGUUUUCUAGGUUUUGCAAUUUCGAUUUCCUGGAACUAAUUAAUAUGCAAAUGUGUCAUAACUCCGGAACAGGAAAGGCGACGGAACUCUAUCAUAUACCAAAUGAAAGCUUACAAUUUUGGCUUUCCAGUCGCGUAUGUAACUUGAUUUUUUUUUUUUUUUUUUGCAACUUAUAUCACCUUUUCCUGAAGCGGGUCAUAUUUGGAAUAUUUGGGAAGAUGUUCUUAGCUGGGAAUUUAUUUUCUGUCAAAGGAGACAUGUUUCUCACCGUUGAAUUUUGGAGCGGUUUUAUUUUGACAUGUGCCCCUUUCCCCCCAAGUUUGCGAUUGUGGCUGAUGUCAGAAGUCUUGUCGAACACCCAGGGAUAAUGUAAGAAAUUAUUCAAGAAAUGAACUAUAAAGGCACAAUUCCACGAUACUCUGUUUUUUAUACGGAAGUUAUAUUAAGAGCAUAAUUCAUUUUUGAUAAGUUAGUUUUUAAAAGAGAAUUUCUAGUCUAGGAGAGUCGGGCAGCGACAGAGAUCGGGAAGCUGCGUUUGAGACUUGCAAAUAGUGUGUGCACUGGUUACGUUCCUCUGAGAGGAACGGAAAUAUGGAACACUGUAGAUAUAGUGGGGGUGGGGUUAGGGAUAUCGGGGGAGGGGAGGAGGUACUGUGCUACUGGUAGAUCAGUGCCUGUAAGUAUGUGAUCAAUGCGUUAGAUGUGUUACUGUGUUCUCACUUGUAACAUUGGUGCGGUUUUAUAGACACUUGUCAUACCACAAAAGUCUCAAGCUCUGUGAGUUGAAAUCUUGAUUAUUGGGGGUUGGCAGCGGGCUUGUGGCUUUGGCCAAGUCCGAGAUUCGUGGCUGUGACUCGGGUUUCAUGCCACUGAUGUGCUAUCCAUAGCCGUAAAGAAAACAUUGCUAGAGUCUGUCGCUAGUCAGACUGGAUGCAAGACACCAUGACAGAUACAAGGGCCAAAGUCUGCCCCUGGUAGUUCAUAAGUAAGCAUCUAUACGUAGGGCCUGAAAAGGAUUGUGGUUAUUUUGAUUUUGUUUGGGUUUCCUGUCUCGUGGUGAGUCGGUGGGUUUUUUUGAGGUAGACGUAGAUAGAAACCAGAUGAAUGUGAAUGAAUUGAGGAUUUGUUGAUGGAAGCAUCUGUCAAAUAAUGUACUUUAAAGAGGCGAUGGGUUGAAAGGUGGGGAAAUGUUCUGCGUCCCAAAUUCUGAGAAUUCUGCAACUCAGGUGACUUUGUUAGAAGUACAUCCAACAAUGAAGUCUUUUGUAUGUUAGCGCGCAAGCCACUUUUCCCAUGGUUUCUGAUAUCCUAAUGCUGAACGCAAAGGAAUCAGUGAUGAUACUGUCCUUGACCAAGGCUGGCUUUCUUCACGGCUGGACUUACACGUAGCUAUCCAACUGUAUGAACACAGCUACUCUCUGGCCACCAGCAGUUCAUGUGUCAAAAAGAUCAGUCUGCCUCCAACAAGGUUAUAAAACAAAACAGGAAGGAAUCUUUGUCCUGGGAAGGCUUCAUCACAGAUCGCUGUUGCAUUGAUUAUGUUAGUAAAGUAGACAAGUAUAGAAAUUUCAUUGUGGACGGGUCUUCUACGUAUUGUAUUUUGUAUUGAUGUUCUUUGGUCUGGUAUUGAUGUUCUUUGGUCAAAGUCCCACUUUUGAAAGGGAAAGAAAGUCGUCUUUUUGCUCUCUAAACGUUCCAUUUAAACCACUCGAAGAGAUCACGUUUUUCGGUCUUGUGAGGCUGCCUUGAAUGUGUUGGCAACUUUUUCGUUGACGAGGUAACGUAACUCUAGCAAACGAGGCAGCCGAGGAGUUUUUCUCCUGGUCGGAGUAUAGUGAUUUCGCUUUCACACUGUUCUCGGCCCGGCAUCGCAUCUCACGCGACUCGCAUCCCGCACUUAAUGAUGACAAGUCGAGUUGCACUAUGGAGGGAAAGAAGAAGUGGACACUCCUGUACGAGGGCCGCAGCCCGAGGGGAAAAAAAAUGAAAAAGAGAAAAAAAAAUUAAUAAAGUUAGCAAUUUUCUAAAUGUCCUUAGACUUAACUCUAAUGUGUCAUUGAUGAUAGGGCACUCAAAGAAAAAAAAA